AUGGGCUUCUCCGUCUUGGGCAGAAAGGGCCAUGGCAGCAACGAAGUAAACCCAGACAGACUAAAGCGGAGAAAGCACCACCUUGUCCCGUGGAUCGAGAACCCUUGCAAAGGCGCCGACGUGGAAGAGCUUGUGUUUCAUCAGCGCCACGAAGCAAACACCGUAGAGCUCUUCUUCGACCUCUUCUUCGUAGCCAAUCUUGCAACAUUUACGGCCUACCACUCGAUAACGGACGACUACACCCUCUACGCCUAUAUAGGCUUCUUUGCCGUAAUCUGGAGCACAUGGUUCCAAAUCACAUUGCACGAUGUCCGCUUCGCACGGGACUGCGUCUACGAACGUUUCUGUAAGACUAUGCAGAUGAUCGCGUUUGUCGGCUUUGCCUUGGUCGGCUCCAAGUUCAAUCCUAGCAGCAAGAGGGGCAACAACACCAACUUCAGAGUUCUCUGCUAUACGCUUGUUCUUUCGCGAGCUCUCUUCACAGUUCAAUACUCCGUCGUACUGGUCGGCUCCCUCAUGAAGAACUACAACGAGCUGAUACUUCCCCUCUGUCUCAACAUCGCUUUGAACGCCGCGGCGGCAGCUACGUUUGGUGCCAUGACCCCGGCAUUCGCAGACGAAGCGUCUACCCACGAGCUGAUUUACGGCGUCUGGUGGAUUGUCAUGUUCGUGGAGGCGGCAGGGACAAUCGCAAUCGCGUCUUGCUGGCGGACACUUAGCUUCAAGAAAACCCAUUUGGUUGAGCGUAUGGCGUUGCUGACACUCAUCGUGAUUGGUGAGGGAGCCAUAGGGGUGACCAAGACUAUUGCUCGCAUGAUGGGCAAGUACGGCCUCGAUCCUGAGGGAACUAUGUUGGUUGUGACGAUCAUCUUAAUACUGGUAUUUCUGUGGAUGCUCUACUUCGACAACCACCCGCACUACCAUUACGGCACCAUUAGACAGCAGUUCUGGAGCGCGCUCCACUUCCCCUUCCACCUCGCCAUCGUCGGCGUAGUGGAAGGAUCGCAGCAGAUUGCGCUUGCGCGUUACGUGUUCAAAUCUACCGCCAAGCUCAUGGGGGACAUCGAACUCUACUGCACUCACCGGCAGCUAGAAGGCGUGGACCUCAUCAACGCCCUCAACAAAAGCGUCGACUACUUCCAGCUGGACACGAAAAUUGAAUCCCUCCUCGAAUGGCACAUGAUCCAGGAGGACCUGCGCGUCCUAGCCGAACGCGAGGUCGGCCUCUGUAGCCGAGAAAAAACCUCGCAAUUCUCGAAAGCGAACGAAGCCUGGCCCUUCAACUACCCGCCCGAGUUCGAGAGCCUGACGCAGCACACCUACGGCGGCAUCUACGCCUCACUCGGCAUCAAGCUCGACUGGCAGAAGAACAUCGCCUCCGUCGCCAUCUCCGCGUUCCGCACAACGUACAUCUACUACUGGUCCGCGAUGCUGGUAAUGCUCGCGUGCAUGAUGGUGUUCCUAUACCUGAUCCGCAGGAACCGGAUGGACGUCUUCGACUGGGUGUCGCAGAUCAUGCGGGCGCUGCUGUUCGGGCUCGCGGCUAUCAUGCUCAUCCUGGCUCGCAGCGACGCGACGCUGACCAGGCUCCUCGAGUCCCCCGCGCUGGUCCCGCUUGUUGCGAUUAUGCUGUUUCUGCUUGUGCUGUCGGAUCGCAUGAGCAAGAGCUUCAGCAACUGGCGGCUUAAACGGUCGGGAUGGGAGUUUGUGGACGACGAGGAGGAGGAGGAUGAGCACCACGGUCAUCAGCAGCUUCAUGACCACGACAGUGGCAAGGAGCACGGAAACGAGCAUGGCGAGCAGGCCGAAGAGGAAAAGCACGAACCGCACGUUAUGAGUCACGAAAUGACGACAUUCUACACGAAUACGCGAUAUAAUCCCGUCCCGGAGAUAGGCGUCUUCCCGCAGACCCCCCCGACGCCGAUGGCGCAUUAUGAUAGUCCGAUGCCGCAGCUUAGGCAGCCGCAUCGGGAUGGGCAUGUGCCUGUGGAUGGUGGGCGGUAUGAGUCUUGA